AGGGUGGGCUCAGCGCUGGCGUGAGCAGCCCCUCCUUCACGGGUCCUCGCUUUGCUGACCCUAGACGCGGGCACAGCGCAGGCUGUCCCCCUGGGACUUGGUUUGUGGGGCCGACUGCCAUUUUUAUAAUUAAUGAUUUUGGAAUUGCCUUCAUUUUCUGCUUUACAAAGUGGCCGCCUCCGUUUCCCUAUAGGGGCCCAGGCCCCUGAGACGAGGGGCAGACACUGCAGGACCUGCCACUGUAGGUGCCUUCCUGGGACCCUCCUCUCCCUUUCCAAGGAGCAUGGUCACCUAAUGUCCAGGGUGCUGCAGAAGGACGCCGAGCAGGAGUCGCAGAUGAGAGCGGAGAUCCAGGGUAUGAAGCAAGAACUCUCCACCGUCAACAUGAUGGACGAAUUCGCCAGAUAUGCCAGGCUGGAGAGAAAGAUCAACAAGAUGACGGAUAAGCUUAAAACUCACGUGAAAGCUCGGACAGCCCAAUUGGCCAAGAUAAAAUGGGUUAUAAGUGUUGCCUUCUAUAUAUUGCAAGCUGCCCUGAUGGUGUCGCUCAUUUGGAAAUACUACUCUGUCCCUGUGGCCGUGGUACCGAGUAAAUGGAUAACUCCACUAGACCGCCUGGUAGCAUUUCCUACCAGAGUAGCAGAGAGCCCUGGAGCAUGCCAGUGCCUCCUGUGAUGAAGAAGGGAGUCCUCAUAUACCUUUCUGAGGCUGUCUUUGGAAUGUGCUCAGUGUGAGUGGUAGCUUCUCAGAUGGCUCCCACAGACUCCCACUUCCUGGGACUCAUGUCCUUGUGUGAUCCCCUUCCCUACGGUGUGACUCAGAUGUCACUUUCAAGAUGAGAUUAACUAAAAGGCUUUGAUUUCUGUCAUCACCUUCUCUUUUUCUCUCACUUGCUCACAUUGAUGGAAGCCAACUGCUAUGUUGUAAGCAGACCCAUGGAGAAGUACACAUGACAAGAAACUAAGGCCUCAGGCCAACGGCCAGUGAGGAACUGAGACCCUCAGUUGAACAGGCUGUGAAAAACAGAAUCCUAUCACCAACUGCUGGAGUGAGUUUGGAAGCCUGGAACUACCCCCAGGUGAGUCUGGGGAUUACUACAGCCCAAACUGACGUGUUGACUACAGCCUUAAGAGACAUCCUGAGCCAAGGAACCCAGCUAUGCCCAGAUUCCUGACCCAGAGAAUAAUAAAUGUUUGUCGUUGUUUUUCCAUCCAGUAAGUGUUCAUUUGAAAUUGGAGACAGACUUAUAAUAGACAGAAAACUUCUGUGUCAAUCUACUUUAGGAGGUUACAAAAUCAACAGUGAUCUUGUAGAACAUGGGAGAAUAGGAUUUAAUGCUAAAUAACUUAUUUAGGUGAACAGAUGCUUUCUAGAAUGUUUACUUGAUUUUGAAAAAAAUCUAUAUAAUGCCAUAUUUUCUCUAUCUCUAAUCCAUUAAUUUUAAUCAAAUCAUGAUCUUAAAAUAAUUUUUUGGAGUGGUGGCGAACCACACUAUUGUUUUAAGCUGUUAAGUUUUUUGGGUCAUUUGUUACACAGGUAGAGAUAAUACACUCAGACAUGUCUUCUCAGGAUGGUUCAGUUACCAGAAGAAUUACUUGAGCUUAACAUAAAUUACACCCACUAAGGACACAGAACAUUCUUAGAAUUUUGGAAGUCUCAGGACCCCAGAACUGUUCUAUAAUUUCUAUCUGUAGGACCCAAAUUUGGGCCUAUUUGGGUUCACCUGUGGUAAUUCCAUUCUUUUUCAUGAAACGGAGUCUGAGAAGUCUCAUCAACAAUGUCAAAUGAACUGUAUUUUUGGAUAUUACUAGUCGGCAACGAGACGUACCAUGAACGCAUAUAUCAAGCAGCUCCCUGGAAAAUUCAGUCUGUUAAAUACCAGUUUUCUCACUGAUCUGUUAAAGAUGGAUGGAUUGGUGACUAGUAUCAGGUCCAUAAAUACCCUUUAAGUUGAUGAAACUGCUUCUGUGUGUCUUUGUAUUAACAUAACUGGUCUUACCUCAUUGUUAUUAAUUAAAAAAAUGUCUGUAGGCUCCACACAUGGAUUUCUGAUUAUGUGGUGCAUUAUUGAAAAAUCAAAGUCUUAGGCCAACCAUCUAAUGUUCUUCUGAGUUUAUUGACCAAUUAAUUAAUGAAAAUGUCCAAUCAAAGAAUGUUUACUUAGUGUCUACUAGGCACUGGGGUUAUGAAGAAAGCAAACUUCUGCCUUCAAGGAUUUAAAAAUAAGCCGUUAGUAAUUAUGUUAAUAUUCUUACUAUAGAGCGAGCAUACUAGUUUUUGAUAUACUGAGUUUAUGGUGGUGUAUAGUUCAGAUUUUGGCAAGAUUUAUAUUUUGAACACUAGUGUUUACAGUAUAAAAGUUCCUGUUUGGGGCACCUGGGUGGCCCAGUCGUUUAAGGGUCCAACUUUGGCUCAGGUCAUGAUCUCACAGUUUGUGGAUUCGAGCCCC